AUGGUUUGGAUCAUAUGCAAUAUCUCAUGCCGUUCUAAAGAUUACAUUCGGCUUUUCAUAACGUCGAGUUUACCUAUGUACAAAUAUUAUGUUGCAUAUGUACAAAGGCAAGUGUCUUCGGGUAAUUUGAAUUUCCCAAAGGAAAUAACUUACGCCAAGUUUCGUCUCGCUAUCAUUGCCAUGAUACGGUUGCUUGAUAUUGAUUUUGACAAUGGGUUUUUUUGUGAAUUAUGUGGAAGAAUUCCCCAGAAGGUGGUGAUGGAUGGAACAACUCUUGGAAUACAGAAAACUUUCUUACCAAAUAAUUUAAGAGAGUCUGAUACUGGAUUGCUAGAUGGAAGUAGGUUUGAAAUGCGCAAUUUCAUCAACAGGAGAAAUGUGCGAGCUUUAUUGAAGAAGUACAGUGAUUCAAAGCUAAGUUGGGACGAAUUUCAAGAAUUAAAAUCUGAAAUAUCUUCAAAGGGCUUAGGACUCUAUUUGAAUGGUUAG